GAUAAUAUUAAGUAUUAACUAAACAGAAAACAGUAAACUCAGAAUAAUUGAAAGUAGUCAUUACUCAUUAAUCAUUAUUAUUUAUUAAUAUUAAAUACGUAUUAUAAUAACAAGAAAUCAUAGGAGCACACAAUACAGAUUGAUUGAAAAUUGUUUUUUGUUAUAGUCUACAAUAGUCAAUAGCCAAUAGACAUACAAAAUAAAUUUUAGAAACUGGGAAAAAAACGUUUGAAUCAUCACUGAAUAACAGAUUACUGAGCACGGAAGAUUAUUAUUGAAUAAAUCGUUGACUGAUAAGGUUUAAAAAAAUAAUAAAAAUGAAAGAUUCAGUUAUGAUCCAUGGAGCUGGGGGUAUCCCGGACAAAUCGUGGAGACCACAAUUUGGAAUUAUUGAGACUACGAUGGGUCAAAUAACAAUUGAACUAUAUUGGGAUCAUGCUCCAGAGACUUGCCGUAAUUUUGCAGAACUUUGUAGACGUGGUUAUUAUAAUAAUACAAAAUGUCAUAGAAUUAUUCGCAAUUUUAUGAUUCAAGGUGGUGAUCCAACUGGCACCGGCAGAGGGGGUACAUCAAUUUAUGGUACUCAUUUCGACGAUGAAAUUCAUGAUGAUCUUAGACAUACAGGAGCAGGUAUUGUGUCUAUGGCUAACUCAGGACCUAAUACAAAUGGUUCACAAUUUUUCAUUACAUUAGCGCCAACUCAGUGGCUUGAUAAAAAACAUACAAUUUUUGGUCGUGUUCAUUCCGGGAUGAAUGUUGUCAAAAGAAUGGGCAUGGUAGAAACGGAUAAAAAUGAUCGACCUGUUGAUGAUGUAAAGAUAUUGAGAGGAGGAAUAAAAAUGUAAUAACAUAAAUAAAACAUCUACAUCUACAACACGUGUAAAUCCUGACUAAAAAUAUUACAAUGUACCACUAUUACAAAUUACAAUUAAAUAACUUAUUUUAUUGUUUCUAUAAAAAUAUUAAGUAAUGGUAAAAUAUAUUUGUAUUUUUAAAAUAUUUCAAGCAAACUAUGAGUCAUUAAAGUAUUAAACCAACAUACGUUUUAAUAAUUUUGGUUUGGCGAACAAUUUGAAUUUUUUUAAUUUUCAAGUUUUUUAAUUGUGGUUCUUGUUAAUCAGAAAUAGGUUUGACUACUUAUAAGUGUACUUAACCUAGGCCUUAGAGACUUUUAUUUUUUAAAUAUUUUUAUCCUAUUGUUUCUACUCCUUAAUAAACAACAUAAAAAUAUUUGUAAAAUAGAAAUAUUGGUAGCUUUAUAUAUUUUGUAAAAUGUAUAUUUUUAUCAUUAUUUCAUGGAAUUAUUAGUAAAUACUAACAUUUUUAAAGGAUAAUCCACUAUAACUAUGAAUUAAGUUAAAUCUUAAUAUACUUUUUAUAUGAAAAUAGUACUAUUUUUUUCAUAAAUUGUAUACAUUAUAAUUUAUUAAUAUUUAUUGUAAUAGAAUUUUAUUCUAACAUA